AUGGACAGCAGUAGUAAUAGUAGUAGCGAGGAUGAGUCACAUCAUCGUCGUCGUAAACAAGAUAAUUCAAAUAAUGGAGAGGCAUCACCUGUCAGAGUCAAAGUUGAAAAGGAAGACAUUGCCAACAAUGACUCUGCUGUAGAUCGUAGACCAAAGGAGGAUGAUGAUAGAGAAGAAGGUGAAGAAGAUCAAGAUGAAUACUAUCAUAAAUAUAGAAAGGAAAAAGACAACAAUGAAAAAAUGGCUAUAGACAGAUCAAACAACAACGAAAGAGAUAGAGAUAGAGAUUAUGAUAGAAAAAGAGAAUAUAAUAGAAGAGAUGAUUAUCACAGAGAUAACGAUAGAAGAGAUAGAGAUGAUAGAAGAGAUAGAGACGAUAGAAGAGGAGAUAACAACCAUAGAGAUAGAAGAGACAACUACAGUCAUCGUAGAAGAGAUGACGACCACAACAGAGACAAUAGAGAUAAAAGAGAUAAUAAUGAUAGAGAAAAGAAAAGAUAUAGAGAUAGAUCACCAUCUUCAUCAUCUGAUUCUUCAGAACCUGAAUCAAAGAAUAAUCAACAAAAAAAGAAACAAUAUAGAGAUAGAGAAUAUAAAGAAAAAGAAGAAAGAGUACAAAGAGUUGAAGAAAAGGUACAAGAAGCAUUGGUAAAGGAAAGAAGUGCUGGUGUGUACAUACCACCUUUUAAAUUGGCAAUGAUGCAGAAAAAGGUGGAUGACAAGUCAUCGGUGGAAUACCAACGUUUGGAAUGGGAUGCACUCAAAAAGUCGAUCAAUGGUCUCAUCAACAAGGUGUCGGUAUCCAACAUUAAGAACAUUGCAGUCGAGUUGUUUGGCGAGAAUGUUGUGCGUGGACGUGGAUUGUUGGCACGUUCAUUGAUCCGUGCCCAACAAAUCUCACCGAUGUUUACCAAUGUGUAUGCAGCGUUGGUGGCGAUUAUCAAUACCAAGAUACCCGAUAAUGGAGAGUUGAUUGCCAAACGUUUGAUUGAGGGCUUCAAAAAGGCCUUUCGUAGAAACGACAAGCCCACCUGUAUUGCGUCGGCUCGGUUCUUGGCUCAUUUGACCAAUCAACAGGUGGUGGGUGUGCUCAUCCCACUCGAGGUGAUCACGUUGCUGCUUGAACGUCCCACAGACGACUCGGUCGAGGUAGCUGUCGAGUUCCUCAAGGACUGUGGACAGAUCGUACAAGAAGUGUCGUCGCAAGGAUUCAGCGGUAUCUAUGACCGUUUGCGUGCUAUUCUUCAUGAAGGAGAGAUUGACAAGCGUGUGCAGUACAUGAUCGAGGAGUUGUUCAAGGUGAUCCGAACCGGAUUCAAAGAUCAUCCUGCGAUCGUCGCCGAUCUCGACGUGGUCGACAUUGACGACCAAAUCACGCACGAGUAUCUCACACUCGAAGAAACCUACAAUACCGAAGAAGACACUAAUUUCUUUAAAGAGGAUAAAGAUUUUCUUGAACAUCAACAACAAUAUUUGGAAAUUAAACGUAGUAUUCUUGGUGAUGAAAGUGAAGAGGAAGAAAGUAGCGGAGAAAGUGAUGACGACCAAGAAGAUGGAAGUGAUCAAGAAAUGGCAUACAGAGAAGUAUCAACUGAAAGUCAAUCAAAGACUGUUGAAGUACAAGAUAUGACAGAGACCAACCUUAUCACACUCAAGAGAACUAUCUACCUUGUUAUUAUGAGUAGCAAGGACUUUGAAGAAUGCGCUCACAAGAUACUCAAGUUGGUGAUCCCACCAGGCCAAGAGAUAGAGGUUGCUAACAUGAUCAUCCAAUGUUGUGCACAAGAACGUACAUACCUCAACUUUUAUGGCAAUCUUGCACAACGAUUCUGUAAUCUCAAACGAGUGUAUCGCGACAACUUUGAGCAAUGUUUUGUCGAGCAGUAUGCCACUGUGCACAGACUCGAGACCAACAAAUUCAGAAACAUUGCCAAGAUGUAUGCACAUCUUCUUUACACCGAUGCCCUUCCCUGGACCAUCCUCGAAUACAUCCAUCUCAACCCAGACGAGACCAACAGUGCCAGUCGUAUCUUUAUCAAGAUUAUCUUUCAAGAGAUUAGCGAGUUUAUCGGUAUCCAAAAACUCAAUGCUCGUCUCCAAGAUCCAAACCUCCAGUCCUACUUUACCGGCAUCUUCCCAAGAGACAAUCCCAAAAACACUCGUUACUCUAUCAACUUUUUCACUUCCAUUAACUUGGGUGCCGUCACCAAUGAACUUCGUCACUAUCUUGAACAUGCGCCAAAAAUUACAAAACCUCAAUCAAAGGAUAGUAGUAGUGACUCUGAUAGUAGUGAUAGUGACAGUGAUAGUAGUGACUCGGAUAGUAGUGAUAGCGAUAGCAGUAGUAGUAGCAGUAGUUCAGAGGAAGAUAGAAAACCAAGAAGAAGAAAAAACUAA